AUGUUGAGAACCUGGUCACUCCACAUCAAGGACGGCCAUCACCGAGCCAUCGGAUCGGCCUUCACCGCAACGUCAAGCCUCUACUUCGAGCGUGCCCGCAGUGCCGGAAAUGAAACUUUCUCUGAUGCCUACGAUAGGUACGCUCGCCAGAACGGCCAUCGUGCCUUGUCUCCUAAGGAAUACGACGCUAAGCUGGAGGAGCUCAUCGAAGAGGCAAUUCAAGCAUACCGUAAUUGCCCGCUCUUUGGCAGCCAGGCCGACAAGGUCCGGGAAUUCGACCAGUUCAAGCGAUCGUUGCAGGAACGCUGCAAGGAGAAAUCGAUCAGCAACAAGGAUCGAUACCGCGAUAUGCUGAUUGCGGAGGCCGUCAAUGGAGGGAUGGGCAUUUAUGAGACGGAGAUGAAGCCGAGCAUCGAAGAAAUCCUCGCCUCCGGCAAGAAGGGCCAAGACGCCGAGCGGAAGCACGAAGCGGCCUUCUCGAAAGCGCUGGACCACUUUGACAAGACCGUCGUCGAAUUCGCCGACGAGGUGGAGCUGCUUGGCUACAAGCGCCAGCUUCUGCACGAUAUGAUUACGGAACGCGAAGACCGCGCCCGCCAAGAACAAAUUCGUGAUGAGCAGCGCCGUGAGGACGAAAGGCAGCGACGUGAGGACGAGCGGGUGCGCCAGGAGGCUGCUGAACGUGUGCGCCAGGCUGAACUUCAGCGCCUUGCACAGGGCCAGCAAAAGAAGACUGGCAGCUCUUGCUCGAUUAUG